AUACAUUUAUGACUUCUACAUACACACAUCAAACCACAAAUUUUUUUCCCUCAUCCCCCCACCCCCCUAAAAUCCUCUCAAUUUCCAAACAUGUUUGAUCCAAGAAACCAAAAACCCAUUGAUCAUAUACACAUUCUUGAUCCAGUUACACCCUCAGAUUACACUUGUAACAACAAUAGUCCAAAAAAUGAUGUUGGAGGCCUAGAAAUGUCACAACAACAUGUUGAUGAUUCUGGUAUUUCUUCACCACCCUUGUGGAAAAAUAGGCCAUCAACAAGCCCUGAUCACCCCUUUCAUAAUUCGACGAAUCAUCGAUCAAUUUCACCUAGCUCUAGAGCGCUAGCUAUAGCUAAAGGUCAAUGGGAACUAAUGGAAAUGAUCAAGAACAUGCCUGAAUCAUGUUAUGAGUUGUCACUCAAGGAUCUUGUUGAAAAAAAUUCAAUCUUGGAAUCAAAUCAAGAAGAAUGUUUGAUCAAUAAAGAAGAGGAAAAUUUCAGUACUAGCCAAGAACAAGUUGUGGUGCAAAGGGUGAAAAGUGGUAAAAAGAAGGGGAAAAUGAUUAGAAAUGAAAGUUUUGAAGAAAAGGGGUCUUUUUUGAAGAUGUUUUUUCCAAUUCCACCAAAAACAAUUAGUACUAAAGUUUCACCAAAGCCAGUUGAAGGUUCAAAAAGCUUGGAGAAAGAUUGGUGGAAGAAGAGAUUUUCUUGUUCAAGUGAGAGUGAUAGUAGCAAAACAGGAAGUAGUAAUAGUGAAAGCAGUGGUAGUAAUGAUAGCACAACAAGUACUCAAAGGAAAAAGAAAGGAUUUUUAACCAAUUUCUGGUCAAGAUCAUGUUUUAGUAAAAGCAAAUCAGCAGAGUGAAGACAAAUUAAAUAUUGCCUCUCUUGUUUGGUUAUGAAUCCUGUAAAGCAUUUAUACUUACAAGACUCACAGAUGAUAAAAAAAAAAAAGUAUAUCCUGUAAAGAUCUUUGAUAAAUAAAGAUCAGUCAGAGGGUGUUUCUUGAGUUUUUGUUGCAAAGUUUAUUAGAGUUUUCCCCUUUGAAACGGGAGCGGUUACGUCUAAAUACCUUUUCUUAUUUUCGACAUAUUAUGGUAUCCUGAAAUUGGUAGAAGCAAAUCGUGUUUGUCUAAGAAAAUUCUAUUAGGAUCUGAUCUAUUUACUCGGCAAUUCAUCAA